GAUGGGUGGGUGGGUGUUGGAUCAGUGACAGGUGGCGCUGGGGAGUUACCACGGCGAGCGGCUGGCUGGCUACAGUGUUUUGGUCAGCACUGGUCAAUCUUGCCCUACACGCUCUAUUAACCAGUGUUUCCGUCUUCCUGACACCUUCUUCCUGCACCAAGCACCGUCAAGCAUCACCAGAGAGGCACGAGUACGUAAGCUGGUCCGAAAUAGCAGUGGACCGAAAUUGCCUCAGCACAACAACAUGUCCACGAGAUGGUAUCCAUUGUAUCAAUUCGGAAACCCCCAGCUGAGGGUGUUCCUGCCCAACUUCUUCAUGAAACUUGUCAAGCCCCGUGACCCGCUGCCUGCCAACGUGGUCCAGUUCCACGUGUCGAUGCAGAUGACCAAGAUUGACAUCAAGAACUACCUGGAGAAGAUAUACAACAUCCCUGUGGAGCAUGUUGUCACCCACGUCAGGAUGGCCUCUGGAAACUAAUAUUUGUGAAUUUGAUGCUGUUUACUUCGUGGAGUGACUAGAGGGAAAGAGAGUGAAAGGAAAGGCGAGAAGAGAAUAAAGUGGAUGAGUGAGGAAGUGAAAGGAAAUGAGAGAAAAGCGAGGAAUAAAUAAAUGAAGGAGCGAAAGGCGAGUAAUAGGUAAGUGAAGGAGUGAAGGGAAAGGAGAGAAAGGCAAGGAACAUAGAAAUGGAGGAGUAAGGAAGUGAAUGAGGUAUUAACUUAGAGGAACAGACGAGAGCACUACAGAGGGAGUGACUGGCGUGUUAGCUUGAUAAAUAACUUAGAGCACGUAAAUAGAGACGAGGAGCAAACAAUUACAUCAUAUAGCAGCUGGAGGAUAAGAUGGAACACUAUUACAAAUUCAAUUAGGUGGAGAUAAAAAUAAAUAAAUAAAGUACCGUAAGAUAAAUAGAAAAAGAAAGACUGAAGGACGAAAUUUGGAAGAAUAAAAACACAAAUAAGUGCAGAAAUAAAAAAAAA